GGACGAGGCAGUCCCCCCCAGGCUGCUGGCUCUCGAGCGAGCCCUUCAGGACGGAAGAGCCGAGGUUUAGAAGGCAAGACCGCCACGACACGCCCGUGCGGCGGCGCGUCCAAAACCAUCCCGGGCGAGAGGAGAGCCCGGCUGCGGGGUCAGAUGGAUACCAAUUCAAAAGACAGCGAGCUUUUUGAAACCAAGGAGCCUGCUAUUAGUGCUGAAAAUGCCUCUUUCCCUUGGGGAAAUGGGGAUCUUGUAACAUCUGAGAAGCCUGCAGCUGAAGUGAUUGCUAAUCCUGGCACACCAGAUAAUUUUAAAUCACCUUUGGACUUUUCCACAGUAACUGUACAGCAAUUGGGAAUUACAUCGGAAAGCUUUGUAAAGAACUCUUCAGGAAAGUCAUCAUCCUGCCUUAAAAAAUCCAGACGACGUUCUGCAGUUGGUGUUCGGGGCUCUCCUGAAACAAACAAUCUGAUUCGUUUCAUUGCUCAGCAGCGGAAUUUAAAGAAUGCAGAGAAGUCUCCUUUGACACAGGAUUUCCAUUUUCCGGGCAGCCCUGUAUUAUAUCGAAAUGUUAAUUCUUUAAAAGAGCGCAUAUCUGCCUUCCAGUCGGCUUUUCACUCCAUACAGGAAAAGGAAAAAAUUACUGACUGUCCUGAGUUCUCAGAGGCAGAGGGGUUCCCGACAACAGGCUUGACCAAAAAGGAAAGUCUUGGUGAAUGUCAGCAGUCUGCGUUCCUUGCACAGUUAUCCAAACGUCGGAGAAUAUCUUCUCAGAGCAACUCUGAUGAAAAUCUAACUAAUGCAGUUGGUCCCCAGAUGUUUAAUGUUGCUACUCCUCCCAGUACAGACAGAACAUGCGCUUUUCAAACUUCUCUUGUAGAUCUUUCUGAGAAACUUUCUGAACCUGGUUUAACACAGUCUGGAAGUUUAGUUGAAGAAUCUGUUCCACUUCCUGAGCUCACAGAGGCUUCAGCUGGAAUCAAGGUUGCUGACCGAGUAGAGGACAAAGGAUCAGGUGAUGCUGUUUCACUUGACAAAUUAACAGGCACAGCUCCUGAAGUGGGGCCACUGGUUACUCCGCUGUGCAAGAGGGACAUCCCGCCCCCCGAGACCUCUGCACUCCGUUCUGUGCUGAAGAAACCCUCUGUGAAGCUGUGUGUAGAAAGUCUGCAGGAUCACUGUAACAACCUCUGUGAUAAUGGGACUCAUCCAAACUUAAUCUCAACUCUUGUAAACUGUUGCAAAGAACAAAAAGCAGAAGGUCAAGAAAAUUAUAAGGUACCAGCCUCUAUAAAUAUGAGGAAGAGGAAGAGAGUUACUUUUGGAGAGGACCUAAGCCCUGAAGUAUUUGAUGAAUCUUUGCCAGCAAAUACUCCAUUGCGUAAAGGAGAAACACCUGUUCGUAAAAAGGAUUUAAGUACUGUCAACUCCUUGCCACUUGUGCAAUCACCAGUUCCCUCGCAGUUGCCUCAACCAAAUUUUGAUGACAAGGGGGAAAAUCUUGAAAACAUAGAACCUCUUCAGGUAUCAUUUGCUGUUUCGAGCCCUCUUAGUAAGUCUUCAAUCUCUGAGAAUCUCUCAGGUACGGAUACAUCUGCAAAUAACCACGAUAAAAUACCUUCCUGUAAAGAUGGUAGAAGAACACGGACCUCUAACAGAAGAAGCCAAUUGAUCAGUUUUGCAGAAGAUAGUGUUUGCAACUUACUUAAUACAGAAGCUCAGCCUUGCCAAGAAAAGAAAAUCAAGAGGAGGAAAUCCCAAGAAAGCAAGUGCACAGACAGAGUACGUCCUAAAAAGAAUCCGGUUUUAAAAAGUUGCCGAAAGAAGAAAGCAAGAAGAAAGAAAGGCGUUGAGAAGACUCUGUAUGGGGAAAGAGAAAUUGCGUCUAAGAAGCCACUUCUAAGUCCUAUUCCUGAGCUACCUGAAGUCUAUGAGAUGUCGCCUUCAGUUCCAUGCGUCCGCAGGAAGUUUUCAGAUGAUUUCAACUCAAAUGGUGAACUUGAAGAAAGGAAGCCUCCGGAAAGAAAGAACCGUCUCCCUCAGCACUCAGACUUGAAUCCAGAGUUUAAUAAGCACGGUGUGUCUGAAUUCUGCAGCACUCAUAUAAAAAGCUCCUUGUUGCUUAUUAAUUCCACUUUUGAUCAAGAUUCAAGUAUAAAUGCUGUAGGAAUCUGUACAAGUAAAAUUAUUCCAAAAGCAGAAAUUAAGUUGGAAAGUGAAAAUGACCUAAAAACUGGGAUGGAGAAUGAAAACAGUCAUGUUUCUUGUGCUUCUGUGACUGAAAAACCCAUUGUAUCACCAGAUGGUCCACCAUCAGCUUUUCUCAUGCAGCCCCAAGAACGUUCUGCUGCUGAUCAAAAUGUGGAAAACCACUUUCACACGCAAGUUCCAGGUGAUAUAAAGUGUGAACAACAGGAUGACUUCUUAAGAGCUACUGAAGGAGAACUGCAGACCAAGUAUUUACUGUCUGGCUCACCAAAAGAAUGCGAUUAUUCAGCGGCUGUCUUAAUUGACAAUAGAAAAGAAAAGAAAAGUCAAAGUCAGGGUGUGGGAAGAAAGUCGGCAGCAAGUAGCAGUGGUGGGAGCUGUGAAAGGAAAUGUAGAAGACGACGCUCUGUGUGUUAUCCUGAUGGUCAGAGUUUACACUUAGAAACUGAUGGAAGUCACAAACCUUCCUACAGUGUGGGCAGCUCUGUCGAAAUUAGUUUGGAAAAUUCUGAACUGUAUAAAGAUUUAUCUGACUCCCUAGAGCAAACCUUUCAGAGAACAAAUCGGGAAACAAAAGUCAGACGUAGCACACGGCUACAGAGAGAUUUGGAAAAUGAAGGACUUGUAUGGAUUUCGCUUCCACUUCCUUCCGCUUCCUGCCCUCCCCAAAGAACCAAAAGGAGAACAAUGCAUACAUUUGACAGCAGAGGACUUGAAAGGAUGUCCCCCAGAAGAAAAGCUGUGUCCAGACAACCACCAUGUCCACUCUACUCCACAUCAGAACAAGAAAACAGUGAGGGCUUAGCAGCGAAUUUUCCCACUUUCCCUCAGAGAAGGAGGAAGAGCUUUUGUACAUCUGCACUUGCAAACACUGAAAAUACUAUCAAAAUGCUAAACAGGAAGAACCUUCUCAGCCAGAAGGGAGAAAGCUCUCUAAAGAACAUCGAGAGCAUUAACCAUAUCGGAGAACUGGGCAGUAACUGACAUCUGUGGAACUUUUGUCCAGAGAGAAGGUAACUGUCCAUGCUUAAAAGAUUCUUCCUGGUUCCUGUUAUCUGUGCGAUUUCAGUGUUUUCAAAGUUUCAAAUAAAAUCACUUGAGUUGAACCUA